GGGUUCGCAGUUGUACGUACGAUCAGAUAUGAUUGUAUUUGAGCAACAGUAACAUUAAUUAGAUAUGUGAUUGAUUUCUACAUCAUUUCAAAGGAAAGUUAUGAAUAUGAAGGGUUCAAAAUUCAUCAUCAUUGUCAGUAUUUUCUUGAUUUUUUCUAAAUAUGGAGAAUCAAAGCAACCAGCUUCAUGCUCAACCAGGAAACCACUAAGGAACACGACACCCACUAACUUCACUGUAUAUGAAAAAACAUUCUCGCUUAUAGCUGGUGGAGAAAAAUUACCGAUUUACUUGAACACAACAGAAGACUUUCAUGAGUUCUUAAAACAAGGAAAAAUCAUUUCUCGUUCCGAUAUCAUCGCGUUCGGCAAAGUAUUUAUAACCAAUAUGAAGGAGACAUAUGGAGUGGAUGUGAGCGGUUUAACAGAUACACAACUUUACCUUGGUGAGACCGGUGAUAUAGGGGGCUUCACCUUUUAUGGUGGUGCAGCUGAUAAUGAUGCGCGAGUCAUUACUGAGACAACAUCAACUCUGGUUAAAUAUUAUAGGAACAGCAGGUUUCAAAUGGGAGGGUACAUUCUGAGAUCAAAAAAGUCAAUGACAUUAUCUGGUGGAAAAUGGGAAGGAACAAUUCCAAAAGGUGCCAACCUAUGGCUUGCUCUGAUGGUGCUUGACGUAGACAAAGAAUGUGGAUUCAGUAAAGAGCCUGAGGUGUUUACAAUCUACCAAAUCUUCCCUUAUAUUGUGAAGGAUAACAUAUCUGCCCUGAUGUGGACAGUAUACUCGGAUAAAUAUGGAUGGGGUAAAUUGCAUGGAUUAUCAGUGUUCCUUGAUACAUACACUCUUGCCGCAAUAAUAAGAUUUCCAAUGUAAAUAAUUUGCAUGUUCAUCUAAUAAAACAGCCUUAAAGUGAAACAUUUACUAGUGAUUUGUGUAUUUUACAAAACCAUAAGUACAUCCCCUUCACAAGUUUUGUUUGAUAAUUUUUUCAUCGGGAAAUUGCAAAUGAUAGGAUACGUUGCUUUGGUGGAUAAUGGUGUGAUAUUACACUACUCAUCAGAGCAGAACAAAACAGAACUCAAUGGGUUAUAAAAUAAUAUAAUAAGC